AUGUUUGUGAUCGGCGAUGGCAAAGAAUAUAAUUCUAAAACAGAAAAAUAUUUGAACCAACCGUUAAGAAACAACAAAAGAUAUGUCGCGUUCCUAAGAUAUUUUGAAAGCGGGUACUAUGAUCAGUACUAUUCGACGGCUUGGAGCAAAAGUGUUAAGGCUUCUGCAAAACCUCCAGCUCCAUUUUACUUAAAUGCUAAAUCAAUCGACAAAGGCAAGUACAAGAUAUCCUGGUCAAUAUCACUGCGUACUGGCCAGACUGUCAAGAAGUACUAUGCAGCGCUGGUAGCGGCAACAGUUGGAUCAAAAAAGGAACCAGUGGAGAUCUCGACGAACGAAAAAUCAGUCACAGUUAAUGUUGAUUAUGAUACGAAGUACACGUUUGAAAUUGGCCUUGAAACUGAAACUGGAAAAAGUGGAUUGGGAAAAAUAACCUGGUUUUCUCAUUCGGAACCUAUGGCCCCUCAAAAGAAUAAUGAUAGUACUUACACAGUUAUACUGAAAAAGCCAAAAGUCGAAAACAUAAGAACUGUUUCAUUGGUAGUCCUUCGGCUUCCGCCAGCCUCAGCCCAAAGCCCUGCACCAGAAGAUGUGGAGCUAAAAGGUCACGACGAGGCUGCUGGUGAAAAUGGCGCAUUCGUUGCGAAAGAAUAUAAUAUAAGUGACUUUAAAAGUUCAAAUCCGAUAGAAAUCCAGCUUCGAAAGUCGUCGGAGAAGAAAAAGUGUAGAGAAAGAGAUGCCGAUGAGGUUUAUGAACUUAAACCAGAUGCGACUUACAGAUUAGCCCAAAUGAAUGAAGACAAAUCUGGGAAACGAUUCUGGUCAUUUUGGAGUGCGCCAAUGACUUUCAACAAAGAUGAAGACGGCUUGAAGAGGAAAAAUUCUCAAAAAACCAACGAGGAUGACACACGUGUUGAACUUCUCAUACCGCUGGUUAUUUUGUCUUUAUGUUUUCUGGUCUCACUGGGUGUUAUUGUUUAUCAACGUCGUCUGAUUCAAAAUAACAAAAGAAAAGAUAACGAAGGCCAUGAAACGACCCAGAUGACGGAUUCCGGUCCGGAAACCCGCAAAGGGGCAAUUAAGUAUGAUCAAGAACCAGGUACGCCCAUAAAUGAUGAGAGAGUAUACGAAACUACAGAUGAUGUUAUUGAAGAAAUUGAGCGAAAUGAUGGUGUACGUGGGACAGACAAAGGAGAAGAUUCAUCGGAUUACAUGUCGUUGAAAGAAAACAAAGAACCAGCAAACGUUUACCAGGCAUUGCAACCCUCUACCAGCGAUGAUGUUCGGUACCAUAUUAAGGAGGAUUUGCACCAGAAAAUUCCACCCCGACCAACUUUCGUUUCAUCAAGGAAGUUAAAUUCAAACUGUUAG